AUGGCGUCCGCCAUUAAUGUUUUCCUUCUUAUGCUUCUAACUUUAGCUGUCUGUAAACAUUCAUGGCGAAGAAGGAUGGAGACCAGUAGUUUCCUGGUAAAGGCUUCAUUCCGGUUCGAAGAGGCCACCAUCUCCGACAUCCAAGCCGCCUUCAAAGCCGGCCGACUCACUUCCUAUCAGCUGGUUCAGUACUACCUAGACCAAAUAAACACUCACAAUCCCCACCUCAAUGCCGUCAUUGAAAUCAACCCAGAUGCCCUCCACGACGCCGCUAAAUCCGACCUUCAGCGCAACCCCUACACCCAUCUCAGCCCUCUCCACGGCAUCCCCGUCCUCGUCAAAGACAACAUCAACACCCGCGACAAACUCAACACCACCUCCGGAUCCUUCGCCCUCCUCGGCUCCGUCGUGCCCCGAGACGCCGGCGUCAUCCGCCGCCUCCGAAUCGCCGGCGCCGUAAUUCUCGGCAAAGCAAGCAUGAGCGAGUGGGACAAUUUCCGAUCACCGCAUUCUCCCCAAGGGUGGAGCCCACGUGGGGGCCAGGGCCGAAAUCCUUAUUCCAAGACAACCAGUCCGUGCGGAACCAGCAGCGGUUGCGCCAUAGCGGUGGCCGCAAAUCUGGCGGCCGUUUCGCUCGCAACGGAUUUGGUCGGCGCCAUCACGUGCCCUGCAGUCGUAAACUCGAUCGUGGGCAUCAAGCCUACCGUUGGGCUGACGGGCCGAUCGGGAAUGGUGCCCAUUUCUCCGAGCCUGCAAACCAUUGGGCCGAUGGGGCGGACGGUGGCAGAUGCGGUGGCGCUUUUGGAUGUGAUCGUGGGAUUCGAUCCGCUGGAUGCUGAGGCGACGAAGGCUGCGGAGAGGUUUAUUCCGAAGGGCGGAUUCCGGGAGUGUUUGAAAGAGGAUGGGUUGAAGGGGAAGAGGAUUGGGAUUUUGCGGCAUCCCUACUUUGAUGGAUACCCGGUGGGAUCCGUGGAGGCUGAUACAUUUGAUGCACAUUUUCGAACCAUGAGAAUUCAAGCUUUCACUCAAUGCCUACCUCAAAGAUCUCGUGUCCUCGCCAGUGCGAUCUCUCGCUGAUGUCAUAGCCUUUAACGACAAUCACACAAUUGAGGAAGAAAUGGAUGAAUAUGGACAAAUGAUUUUUUUAUUAUCACAAAAAACAAACGGGAUAGGUGUUGCAGAGAAGGCAGCUAUACAAAU